AUGGCGACUCGAGCGCAGCUGAUGGAGCAAGCGCGACCUGGCGACAUAUUACAAGUUCUAUAUGAGUUCUCGGCACGCAGCGCCGAUGAGUUGAGCUUAGCCAAAGGCGAUCGAAUCGAGUUGAUCGAGCGCGAUGAUGACUUCGGCGACGGCUGGUUCCUUGGGAGGCACUUGAGCAAUGGCAACACUGGGCUCUUUCCGGAGUCAUACACUCAACCGGCUCCGCGACCGCCCACGAACUCAAAUCUUUUCCACCGCCCUAAGCCCCAGAACCCCGUGCAGCCCGCACCAACCUCAAUCGAAACUCAGGCUGCAAGUCAAGAUCGCACCGCUUAUCCUGCACCUCUCGUCGAGCAACGAUCUCUGUCGUCGCAGAGACCGAGUGAGCCAUCGCUUCCGCCUUCGCAAGUCGAAAGCUACCCCACAGCGGCCGCGAGCGCAGCAGCACCAUCGUAUUUCGCAGCCACUCCACCUGCCAUGGCUGCAGGCCUCAGAUCUUCGGUCGCGUCGACCGCGCCCCGCGCCCUCAGCCUCACAAUAGGUGGCUCAGAGAGCAGUCCAGUCAUGAACGAAACCCUCAGCGUGAUCAACGAACACAUCACAGACAUGCAUACACCGCGUCACAGCUUGAUCGGGGGAGAUCGACGAGGCACGAAUGACUCUGGGAGCGAUUACAGCAGCGGGAACCGACUUUCACGCAUCGCCGGCCAUGAAACGGACGAGGAAGAGCAAAAUCUGCAUACCGAGGAGGAAGUGCUGUCGUGGACGCCUGCUCGCGUUGCGGAAUAUUUGGAGGACGUAGGCGUCGAGCGAAAGCAUUGCGAGGUGUUCUUGGACCAGGAGAUCUCUGGGGAGGUCUUACUCGCAAUGGACCAAUCCUCGAUCUUUCUCAAGGAGUUCGACCUAGGACCCGUAGGGCGAAGGCUAAGAACGUGGCACAAGAUAAAAGCGUUGCAGACCGAGGUUAAGAGUGUUCCUCGUGGUCCUCCGAGCAUGUCGGACUAUUCUGCUACGGAAGAACCGAUCAAUGAUGCCGCGCGUAACCGAAGUACCUCGACAAGCGCGGUCUUGCCUCGCAUACCCAGUCUUAUGGAGAGUUCGAACGCGAGAGGUACAAGCCGGCAGAGCGCACAAAGGAACAGUUCUCAGCCGCAACCCGUACAUUCAGAGUACGCCCCUUCAUGGUCGAGCACCUCUCAUGCGCCUGGUGUGGAGGAUCCCAAGCGCCCGUCAGCUGCGUCAGUUCGCGAUCUCAACCACAGUCGCAGACAUUCAUCCAUUGAUCACGCAGCAAGCCAAGAAACACCGAACUCAAUCACUGGGAUUCCCCAAUCUGCCUCACCCGUCAGAACUUCCCACACGAAGCAUCCCUCGUUUGAUCGAAAUUGGACUAUGGGUAACAUCCUGAAACCAUUGAUAAAUGGCAGACCUACAUCAUCCUCGCACAUGUAUUCGCUCAGCUCGGAUGACAAGCGGCGAGAACCGUCCGCUGGGGAACAUGGUAUGAGUACAGUCACUCCGCAAGAACUUGACCGUGGCUACUUCUCUGGACCUGAGAACGACCAUCGCGGCACCCGCAACAAACUACGCAAGGGGAGCUGGGACCACUCCCGCAAGUCGAGUCUGACCGCGGACAACAGGCGGCGAAGCUCUACGCUCAACACACACAGUAAAGUAGGCGGUACUGAGUCCGUCCGCGACAGUAUUGCUUCCAUAACAUCCCCGGCUGCUCAAACUUACUAUGGCACGAACCAUCGCAAGAGUCAGCGCGCGUCAAGCGGUCCGGAAUUCAGCAAGCAGAUGAAGGUGUACAAGGACCUUCCACCUACAGUCACUAAACUGGACUACAACCACUCGCCCAGUAUCGACGCCGUUGCGGCUUCGCCAAACUUAGGGGGAAGCGAUACUUCAUCGAUUGGCCGAGCCUCGCCUUCACCCGGGCUUGCAAGUCAGACUUUCUUUGCGAAGAAGAAAGCGAUGGGGCUUCGAGCGAUCUCAGAUGCGAUCACCGGAAACGAAAAGGCAUUCGCUACUUCGCCUGAUGUCGUUACCCUCAUACCGUCGCCCGUCAAAGAAUCGCCACUCCAGUCUCCCUCACGGACCGGCUCAAGCACCCCGUCUGCAACCUCCAAAAGCAUUGAUCUUGAGAAUGUCGACCCUUCAAAGAGCGCCGAUGGCAGUUCCGGCGGCCUAACGCCGACCCUAGGGACCGCUCGCCGGAAGACCAAAAAGACGACUAGCGCGUAUACCCGCGGGCUGCAGAAAAAGAGUCCACAGGAGCAGAUGGUGGGCUGCGACUACAGCGGCUGGAUGAAGAAAAGAUCGUCGAACCUCAUGACCACGUGGAAGACGCGACUGUUCGUGCUCCGGGGCCGACGGCUUUCGUACUACUACUCCGAAACCGACACGGAAGAGAAGGGCCUAAUCGACAUCUCCUCUCACCGCGUGCUCCCCGCAAACAACGAGCGCAUAACCGGCUUCCACGCCACCCUAACCGGCGCAACCUCGUCCCCGACCUCACCCCACAACACCUCUCUCUCGACCACGGCCGCAGCCGACGCCGCCGCGGCCGCGACCGCGAACCCCGGCACGAACGUCGCGACGGGCAUGUUCAUCUUCAAGCUGGUCCCGCCCCGCAGCGGCCUCUCCAAAGCGGUCAACUUCACGAAGCCGACCGUGCACUACUUCGCCGUCGAGAACGUGCACCAGGGCCGUCUGUGGAUGGCGGCGCUCAUGAAGGCGACGAUCGAUCGAGACGAGACCAAGGAGGUUAUCAGCACGUACCAGCAGAAGACGAUUUCGUUGGCGAAGGCGAGGGCGCAGCAUCAGCGGCCGCCGGCGCUCAUGGAGACGGAUGAUGAGGCGAAAAAGGAGAAGAGUGGAGGGAAGGGGCUGGGGCUGUUGGGCUUGGAUGAUGCGAAGUUGGAUCCGGGGGGUGGGGGGGUGGAUGAUGAGGAGAAGAAGGAGGAGGGGAGCUUCGAUGCGUCAAGCGUGGCGUUGCCGGGGUCUGGGCCGGGCUCGUUCGAUGAUGGGGGUGAGCGGAAGACUGGUGUGGCGUGA